AUGCCGCCCACCACCGAUACAAGCACCAACGCGACCGCCAACGCCGAUGACGACUCGAAAGCGAAACCAGACCCUGGUCCUAACCGCGACAAGAUCGUCCUGGUGACAGGAAUCAACGGCUACAUCGCCUCGCACAUCGGCCUCCAACUACUCGAGAAGGGCUACCGCGUCCGGGGCACGUCCCGGUCCGCGAGCGCCAGGGACCACCUCCUCACGGGCGCCUUUAAGGGGCAUGCCGCGCAGUACGAACACGUCGUGGUCCCCGACAUCACAGCCAAGGGCGCCUUCGACGACGCCGUGAGGGGCGUCCACGCGGUCAUCCACACGGCCUCGCCCGUCGACUUUACGCUGCAGAGCGUGGACGCCUUCUUCGCCCCCGCCAUCGGCGGGAACCUCUCGAUCCUAGAGUCCGCACGCACGGCCGCCGGCCCGCAACUCACGAGCCUAGUGGCCACGUCCUCGAUCGCCGCCAUCGUCGACCGCUGGCGUCUGCCCCCGACGCACGCGUAUACGGAACACGACUGGAACGAGUCGGGCGAGCGUGUCGCGCGCGCCGAAUUCUCCGCCCCAGUCGCCUACGGGGCGAGUAAAUCCGCGGCCGAACGCGCGUUGUGGGAGUGGCGCGCCGCAAACAAGCCCUUGGCGUUCGCAGUGGCCGCCAUCAACCCGGCCGUCGUGACGGGGCCGCCCGUCUCGUGGCCCGAAACCCCGGAGGGCUUGAACACGACCUUGCUCCCCAUCUGGCGGAUCUGGAGCGGGACUUGCCCCAACGGCCAAAUGCCCCCUCCGAUAGGCGGGGCGGGGUACAUCGACGUGCGCGACGUGGCGCGCAUGCACGUCUGGUGCGUCGAGCAUCCCGACAGGAGCGACGGGCAACGGUACAUCCUGUCGAACGGCAAGGCGCCGCCCCAGGCGGCUGCGGAUCUGUUGCGCGAGCGGUUCCCCGAGCGGGACAUCAUCGUGGGCGAGCCGGGGAAGGGGUAUACUGGGGCCAACUACUGGUUUCCUGGCGACGAGGCCAGCACGGUCGCUACCAAGGCGUACGAGGCGUUGGGGGUCACGCGGUUCAUCCCGUACGAUCGGAGCAUUCUCGAUACGGUCGCUGCGUUUGAGGAGCGUUGGCCUGGUGUAGCGCAGAACUUUAAGGCCAAGAAUUAG